AUGGGGUCGGCCACCGUUCGAUCGGGUGCGGACAUCGUUAGCAUACUGCUGCUCACUGUGAUACACACGGGGACGAUGGGCUGGAAGCUGGAUAAUCGAAACAUCAUGUACACUAAUCAGGACAUCUCGUACGAGUGUCCAAUCAACACCAUGUGCCGGUGUGCGAGUUUACCCAACGAAACCGCACUCCUCGAGAUCAACUGCAACGAGGUGUCACUUUACAAAUUUCCCGAGUUUCUGCACGGGACGAUAAAGCACAUCGACAUGUCACGCACCUUCAUCCACAACGUGGACGACGAAACGUUUCAAGGGUUGCGGCUGGAGUCGCUUAAGCUGGUAGACAACAAAAUACAGGAUAUUUCGGAAAAGAGCUUCAACUUUAUGCAGCAUUCGCUAGUGUCGCUGGAUCUGUCCGACAAUCAGUUACAGGGACUACCGCUGGAUUCACUAAAAAAUGUCCACACGCUAAGCCGAUUAGUAGCACAGAGGAAUAACAUACACCAUCUGGACGGUAACUGGGGCGGUUUGGUGGAUUCGCUGCGCAGUCUGCACAUAUCGGGCAACUCCAUUUCCGAGGUAUCUUUCUACACGCACGAUGAAAAGCGUCAAAACCACACGGCGCCCAACUCACAAGCUUCCAUAAUAAACGCGAAACAAUUCUCACAGUAUCCGCCGGUGACGGUGGUGGGGCAGCAAACGGCGGGCAGCAACGGUCUCCAGCAGGGCGUUAAACCGUUCGCCAAGCUGAAAAAGCUCGUCUGGCUCGACAUCAGCUCGAACCGUAUCGCACACAUCAGCCCAAACACGUUCCCCAAAUCGUUGGUAACGAUCGACCUUUCCAAGAACAUUCUUUCCCAGUUUCCGACGGCUUUUCUGGAGCAUCUGCACGAUCUGCGCGUACUCUCGCUUAAGGAUAACCUUAUAGCGAAGGUUGACGGGAGCCCCGAAAUAAUCGGAACGGCUCGAAUCCGGCUCGAAAAGCUCGAUCUCAGCCUGAAUCUCGUCGAAGAAAUACCUUCCCUGCUGUUUAAUGGAAGCGUGCGCAUCAAGGCAAUUAAUUUUGAUAAAAACUUUAUCCGCCACUUGGAGGCAGACACGUUCCAGGGGCUGAACAUUGUGCACAUGGUGCUGGCAUUUAAUUUCAUCGAAUCGAUCGAUGAUGGUGCAUUUGCAUCGCUCGAAAACAGCCUGGAAUAUUUGGAUCUCGAACGAAACCGACUGACAGUUGUUCCGAGUGCGAUUGGACGAUUGAAUCGGUUACGCUAUCUGUACUUGACGUCGAACGAACUAGCCAGCAUUCCUGUUCUGCCGGAAGCGUUACUACCCACCACGCUGAAGGUACUAUCGCUAAGUGGUAACAAUUUUACCGCCAUUCCUGUGGAUGGUUUAUCCAACUGCACCGAGCUGUCGUAUCUGAACAUGGGCUACAACAAGAUUGCCGAGAUCGAGGAAAACGCGUUCUUGGGUUGGGGUUCAAAUUUGCAAACAUUGCUGCUACGCAACAAUAAGAUCACCAGCCUUAACUACGGUGCUUUCAACGGACUCGAUACAAUCAAGGAGAUCAGUCUCAGCUUCAACGACAUACACUACGUACAUCCGAACGUGUUCGAAAAUGUGUCCACAUCGCUCAAGAUCCUGGAGCUUUCGUUUGGCAUCUACCGGGAAGAAUACCCCGGCGAAGCUCUGGCGGUACUGACCGAGCUAAUGUGGCUAGGGCUAGAUAACAAUAAUCUCAAAACGCUACCAGAUGGGGCACUGUCGACACUUGGGCAACUAACGUACGUAAACCUGGCAUUCAAUCGAAUUGUUGCUAUUCCUCGUUGGCUUUUCCGAUCGGACGUGCAUCGGAACUUGGUAGAGAUAGAUUUAUCGUUCAAUCAGCUCGAAGACUUACCCAGCGCAACCUUCGACAGCUUGGAGUUGAUACAAAUUAUCAACUUAUCAUCAAACAAGCUACGCAGUAUUCAGAAGAACGCGUUACAUGAUCUACCGUACCUUACCUACGUCGAUCUGUCGUACAAUGCGCUUCAAAAUGUCAGUGAGGGAGCGUUUAGUUUUCUGCCCAGCUUGCUGAGUGUGGAUCUCAUGCACAAUGAACUAAGUACGCUGUCGUUGAAAGUGUUUCGUCAAGUAUCAAACGCUACCACUCCGAUGCGGCUGAACAUUAGCAAUAAUGCUAUCGAGUUUCUGGAUGGAGAUGUUAACUCACUGCUGUACGUGUACUCGCUAGAUGCUAGCCAUAAUCUGCUGCAGGACACGACCGUGUUUCGAGCGCUAGCAUUUUCAUUACGCAUACUCUACCUGAACUGGAACAACUUCACUUCCCUCGGCAACCAUGCGUUCGGAGACUUGCAGAUUCUGGAAAUACUGAAUCUGGCGCACAAUAACAUAAGCUCGCUGCGAAGACGUAGCUUUGCCGGUUUGGUAAAUCUCCAGGAGUUUGAUCUUAGUCACAACCGAAUAGAAAGUUUGCAGAUAGAACAAUUUUCUCCGUUGAAAAAACUACGGCUCCUUCGGCUAAAUAACAACCGGCUGCGUACCAUUCCUCGCGAUACGUUCCUCAACACGCGCAUUGAGUUUUUAGACCUGUCCAACAAUCAGUUCGUAGCCUGGCAGGCAACGGCUUUUGCUGACAUUGGUUUCACGCUGCGAUCGAUACAGUUCGACAACAAUCUGCUGGAGUUUCUGGAUCCGUACAUGUUCACCAGCACGCAGUUCCUGCUCGAAUUAAACUUGGCCGGAAAUUUAAUCAAACUUAUCCCGGACAAUUCGUUCGCCAACUUGAACAAUCUGACGGUACUGGAUCUGAGCUACAAUCUGCAAAUGCCGAUCAACUUUCGGGAGUUGUUCAUCAAUGUACCAAGAUUACGUGUCUUAAAUCUGCGCUCCACCGGGAUAUACCGUCUUCCGUCCCUAGCAUUACCGCAGCUGGCCACUCUAGACGUAAGCAACAACAAUCUCCAAGAGAUUGAUACACAGGAGGAGCUGUUCUAUCUGCGCGAGCUGCACAUACAGGAAAAUAAGAUCAACAACAUCUCGAACCUGUUGCGAAAUCUUCCUCCCGCGCUGCGUGUGCUGGACAUCUCGAGGAAUCCGAUACGAAAGAUAUCUUUUCACGAUUUCUCACUCUCCCGGCGGCUUGAAGAGUUACUAAUUGAGGAUAUCAAAAUAGCCAAUCCGGACAUAUUCAUAAAGUUGCACAACUUGAAAAAGUUACGCAUCAGUGCCCAGCACAACUUUAGCGAGUUGGUCUCGAAGCUAAGGGGUCUGCAGGAGCUGUACGUGACCAUCUACGAUGAGCACCUGGGCGACGGUCUCUUUACGUCGCGUAUGCACUCAAACACGAAGCUGAAUGUGGUUGAAAUCACUGGCCGUCGUUUGGUGUCCAUCUCCAGCAAUGCCUUCCAAGGGUUGGCCCGGAAUCAUGAUCUAAAGUUGCGAAUACACAACACCAUGGUGAACGAUCUGCCUCCGGGUGUGUUCUACGCGCUCAAGUACAUCCCACGGUUGAGCAUAGAUUUGUCGGACAAUCUACUCGCAGCCCUGGCGCCCGAUAGCUUUUACCCGAACGCCAGCUCGUGGGAUGCGGUGGGGACACGGAGCGUCAUCGGUGGGCUGGACGUGUCCAACAAUCCGUUGCAGUGCGAGUGUGGUCUAGUUUGGCUAGGUCAUUGGCUCCGACGAUGGUUACGAGAGACGGCGCAGGUCAAUUUGAUUCCUAAAGACGAAAUGAAGCAAAUGAUUCGUCGAGCAAAAAGGAGUACCUGCACGGAUCCGCUAACCGGCAAGCGACUACCGUUCCUUGAGAUCUUCCCCGAAGAUCUCCUGUGCCACGCUAGUGCCCUGAGUAGUUUAGCGUUAAAGUUACGCUUUCGGUUUAUGUUAAUUUGUCUCAAUAUGCUGCUAAUAGUGCUCCACAAGUCCCGAACACUGGUACUGUAA